AUGUGGCUACGUUUUGUUGACGAAUUUUGCCCGCGCGUACCGUAUAUUUUGAAAAUGGACGAUGAUGUGGUGGUCAAUCUUUAUGGUUUAAUGAAAGUGCUACAAAUGCGAAGCAAGCCGAAUUCUACAUUACCUUUCCAGUCCAAUACGAUCGCUUGCGCUGCCUGGCAAGACGCCACUAUUGUGCGCGAAAAUUCCAAAUGGAUGGUCCCAUAUGAAAUAUAUCCGUAUGAUGGUUAUCCGGUGUGUUGUAACGGCUGGUACUAUUUGAUGAAAAGUGAACUGGUGGAUGAUGUGCACAUAACGGGACAUAUGGCGCAGCGUGUCGGCGCGCAGCACGAAAGCUGGAUUAUGGUGAACAGGGUAUAUCCUGGAGCAAAAGCAAAACCUCAUAUUUUAUUUGUAAUUCUUCAGUCAAUGGAUGAGCGCAAGAAACUGUGGCGAGAUUUUCUAUCCUUAUACGGAUAUCAGUCCGGCAGUGUAAACGCUCAGCAGACCAAACCUUAG